AAAUGUAAAAAAUUCGUCUAGGAAGUACUGUUCAGACAGGUGUCUUUGUGAGAUUAUGUUCAUCGGUUUGGCUGUUUGCUUUAUACUUUUUGUAACAUUUGUUAUAUUGGCAAUCACAAAUAAAGGAAAAUAUGAAACGAUAAUUUUCGUGGUGCUAGCAAUGGCUACUGUUAGCCCUCUCAUCUACAAAGCUGGGAAAUGGACUUGGGAAUGGUAUAAAUCACGUACGGAAAGAAGUACGACACCGACGCAAUCAUCGCCUGAUGAGUAUAGCCAACUUAAUGUAACAAAUUGAACAAAAGCAAAAACAUGUUUCUUGCUCCAUUAAGAUUAGACUUUUUAAAUACAGUAAUACGAUGAUAUUUUGAAUUGUGAAAUAUUGCUUUUGUUUUGGUUUUCUUGUAAAAAUUAGGCAGCCCACUUAACCCUGAAACGGUCCAAUUUGAGUCCCACAAUUUGGAACAAAUAAAAGAAAGAACUAUUGUUACGCCUGUAACAUUCCAUUGUAUACAAUAAGCUAAUAAAUCACAUAUAGUAAGAAAUACUUUCAUAUAUUAACUAUCAUUGCUUCUGGUCGAAUGUGGAAUCAUUAAUGUGAUAGACGUCGUGAAGGGUACCGUACGUGUUCACCCGCUAAAAGGUAUAUAGACAAAAUCCGCCAUUAAAAACAUUGCAUCAAAACAUAUAAUAUUUUAAACACAUUGUUCGGAUCAAAAAAAAAAAAAAAA